ACUGGUGGUCGAAUAAUUAAUUAGCGCACGGUGUGACGGCCUCGUACCAAUCGACAUUUAGGCCACAAAUACUAAAUAUUUCCACAAAUGAAGUGUGUAUGGAGAUAAAAAAAAAAUAAAAAAGGUAUUAAAUAUCAACAACUGCAAAAAUAUUAGUAAUCCGAGUGGGCAAGUGAAAUGCAGUGAAAAUCAGAAUUUUCUGUUAUCAUUUAGAGGCGUUAAUUUCGAAGUGAAAUCAAAACCAAAUAUUUUACGCUUUGUUCGUGUGCCGUUACAAUCGUGUGGCAUGUGUGCGCGUGUGUGUGCGUUGCCGUUGCGUUAGUGGAGCAAACGUUACGUCGUGCUUUGUUUUUUCCAUAUAAUUUUUAACGCUGCAGAAAUAUGCCUGAAUAACGGUAAAUAGUCGAAAAUUUAAAAUUGCGCAAAAUUGCGAUUCGCCAGCAGCCAUUCAAGCAGAACGUUCAAGUUUCGCGUUUUAUAAUUGUGUACAUUCGUGGCGCGUGCCGUACGAACGGACGAACGGUUGUAGUGUGAGUGUGCGCGUGUAUGCGUGCGUACUUCGUGUUUAUGUUAAUCGACUUUGGCUUUGUUGCGAAAUCAAAUAUUCGGCGUUAAAGCGUUUCAGCUGAAAACAUUUAUGUUUCUGCGGCAAAUGAAAUACACAAUUUUAAAAUGGAAAAGCAAAAAUUUUGAAACAAAAAAAGUCGCCUGACAUAUUUUGAGUAUUUUCGUUUUUUGAAUUUGUGAAAAAAUCAACGCGUGUACAACAACAAAAAAAAAACGGCGACAGAAAGCAGCUUUAAAUAGAGAAACAAAUAUUGGCAAAAGUUUUCUAUGCAAAUCGCGGCCGAAGUAGCGCCACCUCUAUAACCAAAAUUAACGAAAAAAGAAAAAAUAAAAAAUAUAUACAUAUGUAAAUGUGAAAUGAAAAAUGCGACAAUAAAAAAUAAAUUGUGACUUGUGAAGAGCAUAAUAACAUAAAUCAACGGCAAAUCAAAAAAGUUUAAUGAAAAGGAAAAAGUUUCGCAACACAACGAAGGCGAAGAACAGCGGCUAAAUUAAAAUAAUAUUCAGCAAAACAACAAAACCAACAACAAAAACCGAAAAUAUCACACAAUGAAAGCGAACACAGCUGCAGUCGGCGCGAGCGCAGAGAUGCCACAAAGCGGCAUGCAACAGCGACGACAUCAGCAUCAGCAUCAGCAUCACUUGCCACAGCCGCUAAAGCUCAUAUUGGCGUUAGUCAUCAUCAUUUGCUUGCAAGGAACAAAUUGCUUUCAAAGAUUCUCAGAACAGCCAAAGUAUUCCGAAGUGAAUCCGGGUCAGGACGCCUUACUAACAUGCAAAGUAAUCGAUAAGCGUGGCACUUGCUCGUGGCAGAAGGAUAACAAGCCUGUUGGCAUAUAUGCGAAAAAAUACGAAUGGGCCGCCCGACCUUCCAGCAGCAGUGGCGGUAAUCUACAUCUUGACCUACAUCCGCCGCCUAUGCAAAUCGGCGGCGAUUGUUCGCUGUGGAUACGUUCGGCGACACUGGACUUCGACGAUGGUUUGUGGGAGUGCCAAGUGACGGCGAGUGAUUUCACAACACAAGAUGCACUCACCAGCCAACCAGUGCGACUGGUUGUCAGAGUGGUGCCACAACGUCCACGCCUGGAGUAUGAGGGCGCACAUGUUCCACCCGGACAUAAUAUUACCAUCGACUCGGGUGCUCUGGCGACCGUUAAAUGCGUAUCGCACUAUGGCAAUCCGCCAGCCACACUCAAAUGGUAUCUCGGUGACCAAGAAAUUCAACCGAUUCAUCCGCAAAUCAACAACACCGAACCGGAUAAUCCGCGCACCUGGUCGGCAACGUCUGUCGUUCAAGUGACGGCGAUGCGUGAACGCCAUGGCGACAUUUUGCGCUGUCUCGCCUAUCAUGAAUCUUAUACGGCGAAAUCUGUGCCGGUUGAGGCACGUUUGGAUGUAAAAUAUGCGCCAACCAUCCGUCUAAUUGGCUCACCGGAAAUCGACUUAGAGGAGGAUAAGGAUGCGCUUAUCCUACGUUGCGUUGCCGAUGCCAAUCCACCGGCAAGUAUUGUGUGGCGGCGUGCGGGUCGUUCGGAAAUCGCCAGCUUGCAGGAAACACUGCAACUGCGACCUGUAGGCCGUCGUGAUGCCGGACUCUACACAUGUCAAGCCCAAAACUCGGUGGGCACCUCAGAGCAGCUCUCCGUUCAGUUGGACGUUAAAUAUCCGCCAAAAAUAGUUUCGGCUGGACCGGAUCGACUUACUACAGCACCAUUAUUCAGUCCAGCCGCAUUUGAGUGCGUCGCCGAAGGCAAUCCGAUGCCUAGCUACAAAUGGGUGCAGAGAAUUGCGCAUGGCUCCAAGUUCGUGGAACGUGGCAGUGAGCCGCGUCUGGUUAUUGACAAUGUCACCUACGACUAUCAGGGUGAAUAUGAAUGCCGCGCCACCAAUUAUAUCAAUGGACAGGAGCGUGUUGCUGUCUCGGAACCAAUUUCGCUGCAAGUUGUGGGUGCACCACAAGUACUACGCCCACAUCCAUCGAUGCACACAAUAUCGGUAAAACGUGGCCAGCCGGCCGUUAUGUCACUGGUGGUCUGUGCAGAUCCACGACCACAUCGAGUCUCAUGGGAGUGGGGCUCAUUGCGCCUGGAAGCUGGUUCAGGAAUUGACCGCUUUCGCGCCGACGAUAUGUUGCAGGAUUCACGCGAGGAUUGCUAUCUCUCCACUUUGCAUAUUCUACGCACGGAUGAGCACGAUUCGCGUCCCUACUAUCUGGUUGUGGAGAAUGAGCGCGGCACCGAUCGGCAUGCCAUUCAUUUGAAUGUGGAGGGUACGUUUACAGAACCACUGGAGAUGAGCUAUUUGCUCGGCAUCGCUGGCGGCUGCCUGGCCGCGAUACUCAUAUUAAUCUGUCUCUGCAUUUAUGCGGUGCGCAGCAAAAAAUGCUGCUUCAAAGGUAGUUCCGGCUAUAAAUCAUCAGAUAAAGACAGUGAGAAAGCCGAUUUGAAAUCACGUUCGGACAGUACCAGUGGUCCACAGGGUGAUUCGAUAUAUACCACGCCGGCUGGUUUUCAUCAUCAUCAGCAACAGCAACAGCAACAACAAUUGCAACAGCAUCACCAACAAGCGCAACAACAACAACAACAGCAACAGCAUCAUCAUUUACAAACCGCACACGGAUCACCGGAGGCAAUGAAGCCGGUCUCACAUAAAACGACAACAACCACAAAAGCCACAUUCGAUGGCGAACUGCUUUGGCAACAAGAAGCGACUGAAUUUAUAGAACGUUUUCCGCAGCGUCGUCGCCAACAUGACGCGCUACGUCCCAGCGUCUCAGCCGGGGCGCUUUAUAAAAAUGCCACCGGUAUAACGACGCUCAAUAAGCGCGCUAGCGGUGGUGAGCUGCUCACAGCGCAACAACGGCAUCAACGUGAUCUUUUCAGCGGCGAUUUAGGUAUACCAGAGGUGCGUUCACAUGUGGGCAGUAUGGUGCAUACAUUCGAAACGCUUGCUAUGCAACGCAAACUUGCCGAUCAAGAGCGCGCCAAGGAACGCGCUUGGGCGUUGCAACAGCAGCAACAGUGGGAGCGCGAACAGUUGGCAGAGAGAAGUUGUAAGUAUACGCCAACACUUAAGAGCGCCAUACACACAACCACAUACACAUAUGAUACGCCCACACACACGUCACGCCAUUCUCAGCACGGCACUAGCAAUAGUAAAUAUCAUCAACUAAAGCGCAAAUCACACGAAUCACGUCAGCGCCUCAUAAAACUCAGUAAACAGCAGCUGCUGGCUGCUUUCAAUAACAGCGCUAAGCGUGCACCGUCAAAAACAGCACACACUAAACUCGAAAGUAGCUUAAGCGCUCAGUCGCUACCUGGCGCCGACAAUAAUAAUGUAUUGUCGCCGAGUAGUAGCCCCCUUAAGCGGCACAGCACUUUAAGUUUGCACUGCGCUGAAGUUGCGCGCGCUGCAAAAGCGAACGAUGAUCACUUGAUCCAGCAGUAUUGCCAUCUGGAUGACGAUUAUCGUAAAAAUCUGUUUGGCACCAUAUCAAGUCGUUUAACAGCUGUUAAUAAAGGUUGUGAAGAUAUUAACAGUUAUGACUAUAGUGGCGCACGCCACAAUAGUAAGCGUGUCAGCCACGAAGAAGAAGAAGAUAUGGAUGUUGGCGCGCACAUAAACGUUGAACAUGACGAAGCGCUCAUUGUGAGCGCCGCCUUCGAUGAAAUAUUCGCCAGUUACAGUGGCAUCGAUGACGACGAAGAAGAUGAGAAAAAAUUCAGCGCGCCGGCAAUGUUAAGCCGUGCUACCACAUAUUCUACGGGUUUUGAAGAGCAAAUGGUAAGUUUAAGUGAACUGGACGAUGAUGUUUUUAAGUCGCUUAGCUCGAGUCGCAUCAAUAACAUUGGUUGCCCAGGCAACACGCCAAUGAAACUGCCGCCUUUAGCGACGAGCACACACAAAAAGCCGGCAACGCCAGCAACAAACGCUUGGCCAACAAAUGGCGCCGUUGCCGAUGCAGCACAAACGCCUAAGCGCAAACGCACCAUAAUGCCAUUGGCAAAACAAAAGCAACGCGCCACAACACUACAUAAUCUCUUCGACCGCCUCAAAGCAACACAAACGAAAGUAAAGCGCCCAUUUGUUAAAAUGCCCUCCGACAGUCUGCUAAAGCAGGAUCAACUAAGUAUUGAGCAAAUGACGCACGCGCUGCACAAAUACUCACCACAAUUAAAUUUAUAUCGCGAGAUAGGCGAAGGCGAAGCGGCCGGCGAACGUAGUGAUGCUGAUGGUGAUUUUCUACGCGGUUCUACAUUGAGUCAAUCAUUUGUACGCCAACAGCCGAAUACGCGUGAGAAUAAGGACGAGCCUAAGCGCAAAAAGUCGGCGCCACCACCGCCACCAAUCAACCAUACAAAAUCAAAUAGCGGUAUCAGUGGUGUAAACGCUGUAAAUGGCGCGCCACGACCGAGCUUCGCGUCACAGCGCGCUAAGUCGACAAACGAACUGCUGCUCGAUGAUUUGGCCGUGCAAGCGCGUCGCUAUCAACGUGCCGCUAGUCGCAAGUAUGCGGCGCCGCCAACGCCCAGAAAACAACAGCAACCUGUAGAAGAGGGAAGUGAAGUAACGCAACGCUCCAAACCGAACCGUGCCAUUAGUCGUGGCAACGGCGUUGGCGCUGACAUCUUUUUACGUGGCAGCGCAGAAAUCUAAGCCGAAGCCGACUGCUUGCGCAAACUGGCAGAAGUGUCCAAGCAGUAAUCAAAGCGUUCUGGCGGUGUUAGUUGACACCCAACGCUACUGUUAGUUAUAUAGAAAAAUAUUUAGCAGUAUUUCUAAAUGUACUAAUUAUACUAAGCAAACAACUAAUUUUUGCCAGCGUAAUUGAGCCAUGUUUUCAUGCAAUAAAUACUUAAGCAUUUAUUUUCGAUUCAUGAAUUUAAUUAAAAAAUCAAAAAGAAAAAAAUAUUGUAUUUGUGUAUGUGACUGAUUUUUAUGUUAGUGUACUCAUGUUAUAACCAAAGCAAGUAAUUCUUUAGCAAAAAAGUAAGUGAUUAAAAAUGUUAAAGUUAAUGUUAAAUAUGGUAAGCCAAAAAAAAAUAAAUAUUGUAAAUAAAAACAUUAAUAAAUACUCUAAAGUAGAGCUAAAACCACUUUGUUUAUUAACAACAUAUUCUUGAUGUUAAUUGUAAAACUGAGCAGCUAAUUUGCAAUAAGCUAAUUCUUAUACACAGUGAGCGCCACUUAAUUGCAAACAAUAAAUAAAUAUUUUGAGGUUAUUUGCAAAAUUUGCACAUAUAUGUAUUUUGUAAUCAUGUCUCUUUAAGUUGGAGAUAAUGUUAGGCUUGCUAUAAACUUCAAAACCCUGUUUUAAUCUUCAACUAAAAUUGAUCUUUUUCUCUCAAUUAAUUUCGGUACCAUGACUGAAAUCAUUUAUUCCUUAUCAAUUAUUGCUAAAAAAAAACGUUUUUGUUUUUUUGAAGAGCCAUUUUUUGUAAUACAAUACGAAACAGAAUUUAUUCUAAUUAUUGACCGUUGCUUUUUAUACAUUUUGACCGCCUUUCUGUGGUCAAAUUUGUAGAUACCAUGUCAAUAGAAAUGUUCGUCUUUUUAAGCAAAUAAAUUAGACACCCAAUUUUCGACUUCUGCGUAGGAAUCGAAAAACUGCGCAGCCAAUGUGUGUCCCAUCGAUGAAAACAAAUUGUAAUCGCAAGGGGUCAAGUCUUGUGAAUACGGCGGAGAGGGUAGCAGCUCCCAGCCAAGUACUUUAAAUGUAUCCUGCACUGAUUUCGCUUUGUGUGCAGGUGCAAUGUCGUGUAACAAAAUUACUUUGUCGUGUCUUCUGGCCCAUUCCGGUCGUUUUUCGAUCAAUGCAUGGCUCAAAUUGAUCAUUUGUUGUCUGUAGUGAUUAGUAUUAACAGUUGCACUAGGUUUUAGAAGCUUGUGAUAUACCACACCUUUCUGAUCCCACCAAACACAGCGCAUUGCCUACUUACCGCAACGAUCUGUUUUUACGGUCGUUGUUGAUGGUUGUUCCGGAUAAACCCUUGCUUUUCUCCGUUUAGGGUUCUUAAAAUAGAUCAAUUUUUCAGCGCCAGUGACAAUUCGAUGCAAAACUAAACUUCUCUUGUAUCUUUGAAGCGAAAUUUUACAAGUGUUUAUUUCGGUUCCAUUUGUCUUUCAUUCAAUUCAUGUGGCAACCAUUUUCCGCACUUUUGGCUCUUUCUCAUGGCUUACAAGAGUUCUGAAAUUAUUUUUUUUUUUUUGCAUGGCUGUCAUUUGCUUUUGACUCUAAGUAUCAUCUUCAUCCAAUAUUGCUUGCAAUUCAGCGUCUUCAAACUUGGUGGUCAUCGACGUUUUCUAUUUUUCACAUCAAAAUUAUUAUCUCCAAACCGUUGAAACCAUCUUUUGCAUGUUGCUUUUGAUAGUGCUUGAUUACCAAGCAGUUGAUGCGGGUCUGUAGCAGUUUUCUUCCAAUGGAAAGAGGAAAUUAAUGCUUUUCGCAACUCAUCACUCUUCGGUGCGAAAUUUGACAUUUGAAAAAAUAUGAUGUUGUUUGUUCAAUGGCUGUCAACCAAAUAGAAAUAAAUUAAGGCUCAACAACACGUUUGUAUCUUUACGCUCUCUUCAUACCGAUACACUUGGUUUUUGGAAAAAUACGGUAUUGUUUUCUGAUUACUAUACAUUACAUCAGUUAAUAUUUUUCAAAUAUUCCGUCAAUGUAAAAAUUUGCAGUUGCCAUAUUCUUAAUAAUAUAUUUAUAUAGAUAGAAGAAACGACAAGCCGUGGGCAUAAAACUGCUAUUUUCAAUUUUUUUAUUUUUAAUUUUGAUUUAUGCAUUGCAAUUAAGCGAAGUUCACUAUAAUCAUUAUUAUAACAUAUACCUGUUACAAUGUGUCAUAAUAAAUACUUAAUAAACUCUCAAUGACUGAUUUCGUUUACAAGCAAAUAAAGUACUAAAUUUACACGAACAAAUCCACAAACGAAAAAAAAAAAUAAUAAUAAUAAUUUAAAUGCAAAAAACGUAUAAAUGUAAUUAUAUGCGCAAUUAUUUUAUAUUUUUUAAUUUUUUUUAUUUAACUUUGUAUUACAUAUCUUUUGAUGUACAGCGACCAGUUUUCUCUAAUGCCAUUGAGUACAUGCCCAUUAUGAAGAUGAAAACCAAAAUUUAUUACGCCGAAAUACUAAUGAGAACAACACUAAAACUCUAAUGUACAAAAAUAAUAAAAAAUAAUAAUUAAAUAGUACUAGUUAUUAUCUUAAGUAAAUGAAAACAAAAUUGUUUAAUACCAAAACCAUUAAUUUUUUUAUUUCAUUUCAACAUCUCAUUGUAGUUGCAAUUAAUAUUAAAAAAAAACCUAAUUCUUUAAUCAACUGUUAUAAAACAAUUGCAAACAAUAAAGACCGCAGCCAUAUAGAAAAACAAACAGUAUGUUUUUAACCUCAAAUUUUUAGAGAAAGAUCACAAAAAAUAUGCGAAAAAAAUGUACGACUCGUCUUCUUAAAUGUAGGCAGAAUUAUUAUUGGUUGUAGAGUUUGAAUUCGCAGCGUUAAAUGUAAGACAGUGCUUACGAAAUGUAUGUGAAUCGGUAAGGAAUUACAUAUAGGAAAAAUGUAGCGUAAAGAUGAAAUUACUAUACAAAGUUAAAAUAUUAAUUGAGAUACAUAUAAUAGAAAUAGUUGUACUAUGUGUUGCCAACUCAAAGAGUGUAGACAUGAAUGAAAAUAAUUACAGAGUACUACAUACAUACAUACAUACAUGCAUACAUACUUACAUACACAUUAUAGGUAUGAAAAAAUAUACUAGAAUAUAAAAUGGUAAGAUUAACAUUUUUGUGCAUGCAAUAAAAUUAACAAUAAAAAAAAAUAUAAAAAAUUAUAAAAUUUAAA